AUGGCCUUCCGACCUCGAAUGCGUCUUUUCUCGGCCCUUCGUGCCCCCCUCUGCACACGCCGUUUUGCAACCGACUCGCGGUUAACGUCGGACCAUGUCCGCAUUGUCGAAGUCGGUCCUCGAGAUGGCCUGCAGAACGAGAAGAAGUCGAUCCCGCUGGAGACAAAGAUCGAGUUGAUCGAGAAACUUGCCGGUACAGGCGUGACCACCAUUGAGGCGGGCUCGUUUGUGCCUGCGAAAUGGGUUCCCCAGAUGGCAAGCACUGCCGAGAUUUGCCAGCACCUUCUGACAUCACCACCUCCAUCUAAAGAGACAAUCGCAUACAACUAUCUCGUUCCCAAUAUCCGGGGACUGGAAAGCUUGGUCCAAGUCAUGGACUCGACAGGCGUUCCGGCAGGCUCGGAUUCCAAGUCCGCGACAACCACCGAGAUCUCAUUAUUUGCUGCUGCCACCGAGGCUUUCUCCAAAGCCAAUACGAACUGCACCAUCGCCGAGUCGCUAGAGCGGAUCAAGCCGAUCGUCGCACUGGCCAAGACCAAGAACAUCCGGGUACGAGGGUAUGUCUCAGUGGCCCUGGGAUGUCCCUACGAAGGGCCCGAGGUCGACCCGUCCAAGGUGGCUGAUAUUACCGCCACGCUGCUAGAGAUGGGUGCAGACGAGGUGUCGGUGGCGGACACGACGGGCAUGGGCACGGCACCCCGCACCAUGACCCUCUUGCAGGCGCUCAAGGCGGCUGGAAUUGCCAACUCGGACUUGGCGCUGCAUUUCCAUGAUACCUACGGCCAGGCUCUGGUGAACACGAUUGUGGGCCUAGAGCAUGGUGUGCGCAUCUUCGAUAGCAGCGUAGGCGGACUGGGCGGGUGCCCUUACUCCAAAGGUGCGACGGGGAAUGUCGCGACAGAGGAUCUGGUGCAUACCAUCCACAGUCUGGGCAUGCACACGGGUAUCAAUCUGGAGGAGAUGUCGCGGAUCGGCUCAUGGAUCAGUGAGGAGCUGGGCAGAGCCAACGACAGCCGGGCCGGGAAAGCGACGCUCGCUCGACUGUCAACAUAA